CAAGGUUUUGGCUCCAAACUAAUUGUGCCUUAUUUGUUUAGUGAACUAGCUAUUAAUUUCAUGUAUUUCAUCAAAUUGCUUUGUUAUAGAAAAGCUUAAAAUCUUCCCCAUCUCAAGUUGCUUUCUUAUAUCAUGAUAAGUAAUUUAAAUAUUUACUUUAUUUGUGUGAUGGUAAAAUUACGUGAAGACGAUAACACGAGGACUAUAACGUAAAUAUAUUCUUAACACCGCAUUGAUAUGGAAUGGAACAUGCAAUGCAACGGCUGUCACAACCAAUAAUUUAUUUUAUAUGAAUAAGGUUUGACCCAUGUGUAUCUAUCACCAAAACAAUGAUGAAUUGAAGAAUAGAAGAGUACUAUCGCUGAACUUACAAGAGGGGUAGUAGAUGCAUGAAAUUCCCACCCAAAAAAAAAAACAAAAUAUAAAAAUUAAAAUUAGCGCGUGAAAGAAAAUGCGUGGGGGCCCUGAUCCAAGUCUUUGGUAAACUUGAACUUGUAUAGGAAGAUCAGACCCAAAAAAAAAAAACAUAAACUUGUGUGGGAAGCUCAAAAUCUUUGGAUAUAUAUAUUAUAAAAUUCAUCAAACACUAGUAAAAAAAAGACCACUGCUCUGAGUUAGUGAGAGCUGGUUAGUGUUUAGUGUUUAUAAAUACAACUUCACGCUUAUUACUGCUUCCCAAAACAUCUGAAAAUCGCAGUGCCAAAGUCGAUAAGAAGAAGGAGAGAUGAGCAGCAUCAGCAGAACCACAAUGGAAGAAGGGGAUUCAGUGCCUGUGGUCCUACCUGGGUUCAGAUUCUAUCCCACUGAAGAGGUGCUGGUGGGCUACUACUUGAAGAAGAAGAUAGAGGGCAAGGCCUCUAACUUCAGCCACAUCAUCCCUGAAAUCGAUGUCUGCAAGCACGAGCCUUGUGAUGUUCCUGCGUUCUUUGAAGAGCCAGACUUUCCUGAUCAUGAGAUGGAAUGGUUCUUCUUCAGCCAACCUGAUUUUAAAUACACCAAUAGCACUCGCUGUAACAGGGCCACAGAUCAGGGCUUUUAUAAAAUCACAGGCAAGGUUCGUGAGAUCAAGGCACGACGAUCCAAAGCUGUGAUUGGUAAGAAGAGGACCUUGACUUUCUACGAAGGUCGUGCGCCGAAAGCCAAGAAGACCAACUGGAUCAUGCAUGAGUAUUAUCUCACCAACACUGAACUGGCCCAACUUGGUCCUAAUCCCAAUCAGCAGAAGGACUUUGUUCUCUGCCGCCUGAAGAAUAAGUCGGCUAAUUAUAAAAAGGUGAAGGCUGAUUCUGGUGGCUGCAUUGCCUCUAAUUCUGAAGAUGAUCAAGCUGCCGCAACCGAUAUGAUAUCAGAGCCAUUAGAACAUCUGGCAUCCCAAGAGGUAGGGGAUGUUCUGAAUGGUAAUGGUGACCAUGAUGAAUGCACCGAGUCUCCAAAUGGUACUGGUCUGAUAGACAACAAUGAUAUUUCAAGCUGUGAUGAUGAUGAAAUUGAUACCUGGAUUUUCUAUGAUUUUGAUAAUCAAGCUGCAUGUGAUCUGUUUCAAGAGCAGUAUUGUGCUGAGCCAGGAGAAAAUCUGGAUUCACUCCUUCCUCCACCACAGCCACCUCAGCCACCUCUGCCACCUCUGCCACAGGAUUGCUGCUCCUCCACACAGCAGUCACCAUUAUACACAAAUCAGGGAAAUGUUCCCUAUGUCUAUGAUGGUGACUGCAAUAGGCAGCAAUCUCCGAUUGGGGAUAGGAAUUCUUAUCUUACACAUAAGAAUAAUAUGUCAAUGAAUAAUCAAAUUGAACCAGUGAGCAACAUUACUUAUGGUGUUCAAAAUCGAGCUACAGGUGAAAGUAAUUCAGAGGUUAAUAAUAAUUCAACCAAUGAUUUCAAGGAACCAGUUAGCAACAUCACUUGUAACUUUAAUAAUGGUGCUCCAAAUGAAAGGAUUUCAAAGGCUUGUUCUCAGCCAAAAGAAAAUCUGGAAUCAUGUUUUGAUCCAUUUCAGCUACAGGAUUUCAUGCUGCUGUCACCAAUGAACUUGGAACUGGGAGAUUUUGAGCAUGACAAUAAACUUUAUUGGCAUGCAAUGAGUUGUAAUCUCUGAUCUGGAGGUUAUGACUCUUUUCCCUCAAAGUUCUUAUAUACAAUUAUUGUUGAUCAGGAAUAUUAUCCUGUGAAGAUACACUAAACACUAUUUUCAGUGACCCUAAUCUACCGGAGUCGUUGGGAAGAUUCUAUGAUAGCACUAGUGAAGUAAGAAGAAGUGAGGGAAAAAAAAACACCGAGUUAAUGUAUGGAUGGGUAGUACGUUUAAUCUACAUUAGCGGUACAAGAGAAACCACAAUAUAGCUAGUGAACCACAAUAUUUUACUUUUAGGAGAACAUCAAUAGGGGCCUUGUAUACCCCAAGAGGUAACAUCACCCUUGUCUACAUUUCUGGAACUGGAGGCUUUGGAAACUUAUUCAUAGUUGUGGACACAUAGACAUCUAUGUCCAGGACAAACGAAUCAGGUUAACUAAGUCUGUUCUUAGUCUUUUGGGACAUUGCUGUGUGUGACAGCAUUCCCAACUUUUGGAAACUUGAAGCUUGUAAGGUGAACUUGUUGGUCACCGAAAAUUGGCAAUGUUUGAAAUGCCAUCUGGAACUCUAUUCUCCUCCGGCGAGUCCAGACGAAAUAAUUUGGAGACCAUGUCUCUCUCCUGUCAACAGAACUACAAAUAUUCCCCAAAUCAAUUGUCUUCAAAUAGUGUACUCUCUUAAUCAAAGGUCACACACCAUACCUCUGUUCAUGUUCAUACAUGGGAGGUGCUGUGAGAAGAAUCCGACUGCAAAGCUGUAUCACAAGACAAGGUGAGAGAAUCAGCCUAAAACAUGAAGAGAAACCUUUCUGGCCUUCUCACUGUAAAUAAAAACUCUUUUAUUGAAGCUUUGAGGAGGCUAUUUGCUAUUUUACUCAAAUUAACGUGAUUUCUGUAACUCUGUUUACAGGUUAGAGAAGCUGCAGAGUAUUGCAUUGCUCUCCAUCUGAAAACCGAGUCCUGGAAGCAUACGGUUUGAAGCAAACAUCAACAGGGUUCUUUCAAGUUUGGAAGCAUCUCCUCGAAACCAUUAAUCAAGUCCCCAGUGGGACAUGGUAUAAUAUCUCGGUACGAAGUUAUAGCUCUAGCCUUGUACUCAGGCUUUCGUUCUGCUCUCUAUUGUUCUGGAAGUGGUAUUAUACAGGAUCUGCAGCUGCAUGGCUGCUGGAAUCUCAAUAUAUGUUACAAUAACCAGACACUAAUGUGAUGUCUGUGGUUAUUGGUAUGGAAGUUUCGAGGUUCCAUCCUUAAUGGAGUAGUAGUUACAAUCAUAGUAAAACUGUAUGAUUACGAUUGGUUUAAAACACCAAAGAACGUAUUCUUGUAAAUGUUGUUGAUUUUGUUUUUGUAAUUGGCCUGUAUCAACUGCUGCGGUCUACUGUAUCAGUGUUAAUAUUUGUUUAUUUAGAACCUUUCAGCGUUGAAUGGAAUUUUGUGUAUUA